GCUUCAACGUCAUCCCCUGCCCCAACCGGUGCAGCACCAAGCUGAGCCGCCGCGACCUGCCCGAGCACGUCCAGCACGGCUGCCCCAAGCGCCGGGUCAAGUGCGAGUUCUGCGCCAGUGACUUCACCGGGGAGGCCUUUGAGGGCCACCAGGGCACGUGUCCCCAGGAGAGCGUGUACUGCGAGAACAAGUGCGGAGCCCGCAUGAUGCGGCGCCUGCUGUCCCAGCACACCCUGGCCGAGUGCCCCAAGCGCACCCAGCCCUGCACCUACUGCGCCAAGGAGUUUGUCUUCGACACCAUCCAGAACCACCAGUACCAGUGUCCCAGAUACCCCGUGCCCUGCCCCAACCAGUGCGGGACGCCCAGUAUCGCCCGGGAGGAUGUGCCCACCCACCUCAAGGAGAGCUGCAACACUGCCAUGCUGCUGUGCCCCUUCAAGGAAGCUGGCUGCAAGCACCGGUGCCCCAAGCUGGCCAUGGGCCGGCACCUGGAGGAGAGCACCAAGGUGCACCUGGGCAUGGUGUGCGCCCUGGUGAGCCGGCAGCGGCAGGAGAUCCUGGAGCUGCGGCGGGACGUGGAGGAGCUGUCGGUGAGCAGCGACGGGACCCUCAUCUGGAAGAUCGCCGACUACGCCCGCAAGCUGCAGGAGGCCAAAGCCCGCAGCAACUACGAGUUCUUCAGCCCCCCUUUCUACACCCACAAGUACGGCUACAAGCUCCAGGUCUCGGCUUUCCUCAACGGCAACGGGAGCGGGGAGAGCAGCCACCUCUCCGUCUACAUCCGCGUGCUGCCGGGCGAGUACGACAACCUGCUGGAGUGGCCCUUCUCCUACCGCGUCACCUUCUCCUUGCUGGACCAGAGCGACCCUUCGCUCUCCAAGCCCCAGCACAUCACCGAGACCUUCCACCCCGAUCCCAACUGGAAAAACUUCCAGAAGCCGGGAGCCUCGCGCAGCUCCCUGGAUGAGAGCACCCUGGGCUUCGGCUACCCCAAAUUCAUCUCCCACGAGGACAUCAAGAAGCGCAACUACGUGCGGGACAACGCCAUCUUCAUCAAAGCCUCGGUGGAGAUCCCCCAGAAGAUCCUGGCCUGA